GGAGUCUAUGCAGCAGAACAGACAGAGCGUUACCCCUCCCUCAUUCUUUCGCACAAACAUCAGUAUGCCUACGCACAAGUCCAGCUGUCAGGUGUUUACCUCUGAUUUCAGGAAAACCCAACAGGAAUGAAUUCUCCGGAAGAGUGUAGACGCAUCCCAGCUGAGCCAAGAGGUUCUGCUUUUUCUUCAGCGUUUUUCUGAGGAGUUUGUGUGAUCAGCCUCUUCGUGUGGACUUAUGACGCUUUGCAGCAGACCUUCAUGCUGAUGGCUGAAAAAUGGAUGGUGUGCUGCUCGUCCAUCAAACAAACACUCGCCUCCACAGACACCUUUUAUACAAACAAACGCAGCAAUGGAACUGAAUGAAUAUAUCAGCAACUGAACACCAUUGUUAGCACAGCAAUGUGACAGAAGGAUUGGUAGAGCUGCAGCCCCGCCCUUGGUUCCGUCCCAGAAUGCUGAGCCCGGUUCUCUGUUCCGAUCUCGCAGCCUUGGAGCCAGAGUACACCGAGGCUGAUGUCAUCUCUACGGUGGAGUUCAAUCAGACCGGAGAGUUUUUGGCCACGGGUGAUAAGGGUGGGAGGGUUGUCAUCUUUCAGAGAGAACCACAGGGCGAAUACAAUGUAUAUAGUACAUUUCAGAGUCAUGAGCCUGAGUUCGAUUACCUGAAGAGUUUGGAGAUUGAGGAGAAAAUCAACAAGAUUCGAUGGCUGCCUCCGCAUAAUCCCGCCCACUUCCUCCUCGCCACCAAUGACAAGACCAUAAAGCUGUGGAAGGUGAGUGAGAGAGACAAGCGAGCAGAAGGCUACAAUCUGAGAGAUGAAGAGGGCAGACUGAAGGACCUCUCAACGAUCACCACUCUGCAGGUCCCCGUCCUGCGGCCGAUGGAUCUGCUGGUGGAGGCGUCCCCCCGGCGUGUUUUUGCUAACGCUCACGCCUAUCACAUCAACUCCAUCAGCGUCAACAGCGACUGCGAGACGUACCUGUCCGCCGACGACCUGAGGAUCAACCUGUGGCAUCUCAACAUCACUGACCGCAGCUUCAAUAUCGUCGAUCUGAAGCCUGAAAACAUGGAGGACCUGAGUGAGGUGAUCACGGUGGCCGAGUUUCACCCUCACCACUGCCACCUGCUGGCCUUCAGCAGCAGCACGGGAACCACGCGCCUCUGCGACAUGAGAGCCCGGGCCCUCUGUGACCAACACGCCAAACUGUUUGAAGAAGCAGUGGAUCCUUCCCGCCGCUCGUUCUUCUCAGAGAUCGUGUCCUCGGUGUCGGAUGUGAAGUUCAGUCACAGCGGCCGCUACCUGCUCACCAGAGAUUACCUCACCGUUAAAGUCUGGGACCUCAACAUGGAAAAUAAACCAGUGGAAACGUACCAGGUCCACGACUACUUGCGAACCAAACUGUGCUCUUUGUACGAAAGCGAUUGUAUUUUUGACAAGUUCGAAUGUGCCUGGAACGGAACGGACAGCGUGAUCAUGACAGGCGCCUACAACAACUACUUCCGGAUGUUCGACCGGGCGAGCCGGCGCGACGUGACUCUGGAGGCCAGCCGGGAGGUGUGCAAGCGGCGGGCCGUCCUGCAGCCCAGGCGGGUGUGCGUGGGCAAGAAGCGCAAAGAGACGGACGUCAGCGUCGACAGCCUGGACUUCAGGAAGAAAAUCCUCCACACCGCCUGGCAUCCCAAAGAAAACAUCAUCGCCAUCGCAGCCAGCAACAACCUGUACAUCUUUCAGGACAGACUGACGCCCAACGGACAUCACAACACGCCCGAAAUACAGAGCGCGCCUCCCAAGACCCAAUACUAAACUCGUCUCGUUUCUCGCCACCUUUAUGAUCACACACAACAGUCUCGUGAACUAUUAAGAAGACUGAACAAUGCGGGGGCCGUACGGCUCCGGAUGAGAAUGUAUCGCAUGGCAUGCAGUAUGGGGUUGGAUCAUGUUUACUUACCCCGAACCCAUUCGGAUCGCACAUGCAUGUUUACAAAGCUGCUGAAACAGGGCUUAUUUUAUCAGUGACGAUUGUAAACGAAUCAGAUGCUUCGUAACGCUCUGCAGUUGCUUGUGUAGAAUUAAGUGUCCGUUCGUUCUUCUCAGGCUCCAGUUUUCUUUGGUUCGACAAACCGCUCAGGGACUCUCUAAGGCCUCUUCUUAUGUUCGGCGGCAAAAACGCGGCGAAACGAAAUCCAGAACAAGCAUGGGACAGGAAUGCGGGAUUUACGGAGGUCUGCUGAGAGACGCCGCUGGAAGGAAAGCAGCACGCGCAGCUCGACGUGUAAAGAGCAUCCGCAGGCGCUUGCUAGCUAGUGCACUGGUUUGACCAUUUUCUCUUGUGUUAAAGUAGAUCAGCCAAAAGUGGAAAAAGAACCUCCCACCCUCGUGUCGUUGUGAAUUUAUUGGGAGAAAGAGAGAAGCUUAGCAGAAUGUUCAUGCUGCUCUUUUCCGCACAACGUAAACAUUCAGUAUGGAACGGUGACGAAACCGGGCAAGGUGCAAUGAUGUUAAACCUGAUAUUUACAAGUGAAAAAUUUGAUUUUAACGCUGUAGUUGGAGAACUUUUGUGGAGAAAUUUACGUUGUAGUCGCAGAUCCUUCUUCCAUAUCGUAAUGUACGUUGAAACGAAUGAUCGAAUAGUCGAACUAAAUAUAGGGCGAGAAUUGUUUCUGUGCGCAUCGCAAGUGAUUCAAAUACACAAAAAAAAUUGGUAACUUACAAUUUUUAUAUAUAUCUAAACAUGAUGGUAAAUGCAUGCACAAGCAUGUCUGUAUUCAGUAUAUUUCAUAUAUAUAUAUAUAUAUAUAUAUAUAUAUAUAUAUAUAUAUAUAUA